CUGGCAGCAGUCUUCUCCUCCUACUUCUCCCAUACGUCCGUCCUUCCCUCCUCUCGUCUUCUUCUUCAAAAACCCACCCCCACUUUCUAAUUUCUUUUCCCUUCCCCAAAACCCCAAAAUUUCCUAAAACCCUUAUGCGAUUCUAAACCCCUUUUCCCAUAUUCCAUGCUUUAGCACAAACCAUUCUAAACUCCAUCCCAUACAUGAAAAAGAUGCUUCCUUUCUCACACCUCAGUUGCCUAUUCCUUGUACUCUGUUGCCUGUCAUCAGCAGUACAAUCGAACUUGGAAUCAUCUUCUUCAAUCUAUGAAGUACUAAAAUGCCAUGGCUUGCCAAUGGGCUUACUCCCUAAGGGAGUCAAGAACUUCACUUUGGAUAAUUCUGGUAAAUUUGAGGUGCACUUGGAUCAAGCUUGCAAUGCUAAAUUUGAAAACGAAUUGCACUACGAAACAAAUGUUUCCGGUACUUUGAGCUACGGCCAGAUCGGUGAGCUGGCUGGAAUUUCAGCACAGGAUUUGUUCUUGUGGUUUCCCGUUAAGGAAAUCAGGGUGGAUAUACCUAGCUCCGGGUUGAUUUAUUUUGAUGUUGGGGUGGUUUCUAAGCAGUUUUCUUUGUCCUCGUUUGAGACACCGAGGGAUUGUACUGCUGUUCAGCUCACGGAUCAGAUUCAAGAUGGGAAGCACAUAUUAGAGGCUGUUUCAAAGAGUCUCUUGGGGAAGCUCCGGUAUCAGCUUGAUCAGGGAGAUUUUGUAAGGACUGUUCUGUAGAUUUUGCUAGUCAGGAGAGGUCAAGUUGCACUAUAGCUCAAUCAGACCAUGGGUCUUCCAUUAUUCAUUCUAUGUACAUGUCUGCCGAAAGUCUGGUUUAGUGGUCAUAUGCUUCAUUCAGGUGUGCUUGCUUGCGGUUUCAUGUAUAGUGCUGCAAACUAUCAUGCCAGCUCCUAUCUUUUUGACGGUUGUGAUUGGACUCCGAGAUGAGGAGAGAAAGCCAGGAUAUAUUGAUGCUUCAUUUGAGUGUCUAUGAGAGAGAGGAUAUAAAGAUACAGGAGCACUACAUAAAUUACUUGUGAUAGAUUUGCAGAGGUUUGUAACUACGUUCAAUUCAUAUCAAACCUGAAAUACGAUUGUUACUUAAUUCUCUUUUUGUAGUUGAUGAGAUAUACAUAAAUGCAAGAAAUAAAAUCUAUAUUAUUUUGAUUCUUAAA